AGUGCCAAGGGCGAUCAACGGUACAAUUAUUUUCCGAAAGGUCCGUGUGAUAUUUCUGGAAUGCCUCGAUUUUACUAUCACCAGUGACUGUUGCACUACAGUAAUUGUCUUGCAAUAGUUGGUCCUGAUGCCCUCAUCAUUGGACGAGCUUCCUGCAUGUGUUCGCCUGGAGGCACACGCUACUGCUCGUCACAAAGCAGUUGCUGCAAGCGAUAUCAGCCCAGGUUCAGUUAUUCUGGAAGUGCCAUCUAUGGUGGUUCUGUUACUCUCGUCGGACAAAGGUCGCCGAUGUGAUUUUUGUCUCUGCUCAGGAGCGCCUGAAAUCAGGCUGGUCAAAUGUACUGGCUGUGCUUCAUAUUGGUAUUGCGGACCACAGUGCCAAACCUUGCACUGGGGCUCGCAUAAAAAGUUUUGCAAGAGACUUGCUUCCUUUAUGGCUUCAGCCGAUUUUCAAUACAUUGAAGCGCACGAGCAACUAGAUGCUUUGCUUCACACCCAUCUUAUAGCAGAGAUUGCAUCUAAUGCGUCUUCCGAUAUAACAGCAAAGCAGCUAUCCACCUUCAUGUCUCUGUUGCCUGGACCGCCCCAUGACUCCCUCCCAAUUGCUUGCCCCAUGUCUGUAGGCGCUGAUGUGCACCAAAUCCUUGAAGCUCUGUUUACACGUUCUGGGAAUAACAAUUUCGCAAUUCACAGUCAUCUCAAUACUAUCGCUCAUGGCAUAUUCCCUCUUGCGAGUCGCCUUUUCAACCAUUCGUGUCUUCCAAACGCCGCUGCAAGAUACGUGAUCCGCCGAGGUCAGCCAGUGCGGAUGGAAAUUGUAGCUUUGCGGGAGAUCAAGGCUACGGAGGAGAUCUGUAUUCCGUAUGUGGACCCUGCCUUAAUAGAGUCUCGUCAGCAGAUCUUCGAGCUCACCUAUGGCUUUUCCUGUACCUGCCCAUCAUGCAAUUUCAUUAGCACGCUUGGCUCCAUCCCUUCGUUGCCUGUCUCAGAGGCCGCACUUCAGAAAUUGGACAAUACUCUGCAAAAACAUUGUUUUCUUUCUUCAGAUAUUGACGAUAGCACGCCGUUUGUGGGAUUAACUCUUCCAGACCUUCCAAAAAAUCUCUACCCUGUGCUUCGCGAAUCGUAUUUAUCGCGGCUCACGGACACCUUCAGCAGAUCUUCUCACGAGGGUUCUUAUCAUGUCGCUCUUGAUGUUGGACUAACGGUACUUGCCGUGUAUCUUUUAAUAUACCCAAAAAACUAUCCACAGAUCGGUAUGCAUCUGCUAGAGAUGGCGAAGACAGGGUGGAACGCUGUGAUUGCAACUGAACAUGACAAUAAACAUCAAGUUCUUGCGAAGACAUCCUUACUUAAGCGGGCCCGAGUCUAUCGCAAUCUCGCUAGCAACAUAUUGGAGGUGUUUGGUCCGGAAGGCGAUCCAGCAGGUCCUCUAGAAGAGGUUGCACUUUUGAAAAAACUACUUGAUGGGGAACCGUAAAAGUCACCGCAGGACGAUGAUCAGUGAUCCACCCGAGGUAAUUGCCAUUAUGGUGGUGAUCAAAGCCGGAACAGUGGAGAAUGGAUCAUUUCUACGGCAGGAACCACUCGCAAGCAUGC